AUGUCAGAAGAAAAAAAAGAAGAUAAAGUUUACACACCACCUCCGAGGAAAACAAUUCCUGAUGAUCAGGGUGAACUUUGGGGACAUGAUCUGUAUCCUGAAAGGCGAAAAUUAAAGCAGAAAAGUGUUGUCAAUACAUUAAUGAUGAAGGAAGGCAAAGAAGACCUUGAUAGAUAUCACUGUGAAAAACUUGUGUAUAAAUGUGUGAAGAAACAUCCUCUUGUCCAAUUAAUGACUCGAGCUUUGAAAGCUUCUGGCUGUCCAAUUGAUUUACGAAGGCAUUUAUCCUGUGAAGAAUGUGAUCCCUCGGUAACUGGAGGUUACGAUCCGGAAUUGAAUCAAAUAGUAAUUUGUCAGAAUAAUUCUAAAAUUGAAGGGAUCAUUGGUAGUGUUUUAACUCACGAGAUGAUUCAUAUGUUUGAUUACUGUCGUAAUAACUUGGACUUUAAGAAUCUUGACCAUUUAGCUUGCACGGAAAUACGUGCAGCUAAUUUAACUUACUGCAGUUUUUUAAGUGCUUUUAUUGAUGGUGAUGCAUCGCCUUUUAAUAUGAAGGAGAAACAUCAAGAGUGUGUCAAAAGACGAGCUAUGCUGUCUGUACUGGCUGCCAGAGGUGUUACGCCGCAAGAAGCUACCGCUGCAGUUGAAAGAGUUUUUACUAGAUGUUAUAAUGACAUGGAGCCUAUUGGUAGGAGAAUAAAACGUAAUACUGGUGAUAUGGACAAAGCUUUGUAUGAAGCAACACUAUUUGGAGUUGAAGAGCUUCAAAGACAACUUUCUAAUGCAAAAACACGAAAGUUAUUUAUUAUAGAAACAAUAUCAGCUGAUAUUGCUGUUGUUUUAGCAUCAAUUUUAGUAUUGAGAAACGAUGAUCUUCAACGUUCUAUAUUAAUAUGCUGGGAAAUAUUAUCCGAAGACGAAUAUUUUUACAAAAACAACGUAGCGACAACUGUUAUUAUGAAAAUCUUAGAAACUGGAAUACUUAUUGCUGUAAAUCAAACAAAAGAGCAGCCUAUUUUACUAACUAUGGCUUAUACUCUUGCUUUAUUAUUUUGUCGUUUUAUCAAUGAAGAUGAACGACCACUAGAUGAACGAGUUCAUAGUGACUCUGACGACUCGUCAACAAGUGACUUUAAUAAAAGAUUAGAAAUUUCUAAAAAAAUUUUAAAUCUUUCUUGUGAAAAAAUCCUCGAAAUUGUUAUUCCUAAUUUUAAAGUAUUUUUGCUGAAAUUUCAAAAUUUCAAAAUUUGGCCAAACAAAACUCCUGUUAAAAGCGGAACUCAAAAUUCCAAUUUUAAGAGAUGCCUUGCUCGUAUUUUAACGAACCUUGCUCAUUAUAAUUUGUCGAUACAAUGGCAAGGUGACUUAAGAAGUUUCUGUAAAUUUAUAUACGAUGGACUGAUGUCUCAUGUAGACUCUAGAAAACUUACUAGUGAUUCAACAAGCUCCGAUGCAUCACUUUUUUGCUAUUACUUUCACUACCAUGCAACUGAGGAUUCACAAGUUAUUGAAAUUAUCGGGCAGAUGUUAACAAAAAAAAUUUUAGAUUUUUCUCUUGAAAAUUUACCGCCAUCGUCUAUUCUACAAAUUACUUGGUUCUUUAUUUCUGAAUGGAUGUUGAAGAGUACCUCAGUAGACUCAGAUAAAUGCUUGCCAGAUGCCUUAACUCAUCUUAUUGAAAUCCUUUUAAAAGUAGGAAUAGAAAAAUGCUACAUGUGUCAUCCGGCUUUAGUUGUCACCGUUCUUAAAAAUCCAAUAUUUCCCCGUGAAAUUCGGCAUCAAGUUGUUAAAUUAUGGUUAAAAACUGACGGUGACGUAUAUACGUUAGUCGAUGCGGAUCACAGAGAUGUUGUUGUUGAUUCUCUCAUCCAUGCGUUAAACACUGGAUGCAAAAAUGUAGUGAGAAGAGCUUUUAAGGAUUUGAUUGAAAUUACAAAAAAUACUAAUCCAAUGAAUUUUGAUUUUAUGCCAAAUAUUUGGGAACAAAUUUUUGAUAGUUUAAUCACUUACAAAUCCGAAAAUGAACACAACUUUGAAGGAUUUCUUAAGCUCGCAGAAAAAUUGAUGACAAAUGAUUUAUCAAUUAUUUUUGCAAUGCGAUCUAUAGUAAAAUUUACAACAUUUUUUAGUUGUAAUAACAAAGUUAAUUCGAAUAUAAAAAUUUUGUUAAUCACUUUAACAAAUAAAAUGUUUUCAAUUCUUGCAAAUGCUGAUGAAAGUAUAGUUAUUUCAUCCACAAUUUUGGAAAAAAAUAUUUUAAACGAGAUUCGUGAUCAAGCAUUUAAAAGUGCAAAUAAUGAUUUAGCUGCCGCGUGCUUGAAAUGUUUAGCGAAUAUUAUUAUAAUUCUAAUUCCAGUUUCUAAAAAGUUAUCACAACGUUUGAUUAUAACUUCGAGCGAGCUUAUUGAUACUUUGUCAAAAGACUUGCAAGUUUCUACGAAGGUCUUGGGACUUUUAAACAAUCUUUGUCCCAAUUACGAAAAUUACAGCGACUGUGUUAUUAUUGAUUUCCGCGAGAAUAACGUCAAAAGCGAUAUAUAUGAAAUUUAUGACUUGUUAAUUGAAAUUCACAAUAAGGUAAUGUCAAUUGAAUGGAAGACAACUUUUGAUUGCCUGACGAAUUUUUUGAUAUUUGUAAAGAAAAAUUACCCUGUUGCUAUUCGAGAUUGCUGCGAAAAUAUAAGCAUUCAUUUAACAAUUAUCAAGACGAUCGAUAGCAGGUAUGUUGGAACAGAAUUUAUUAAAUUUGUAAAUUUAUGGCUGGAACAAGGCAUCAAAUCUCAUUGUUCGUUCAUCGACGGUACUUUUGAAUUAAACCGUAUGAAAAUAAUUUCCCAAGAUAAUUUUUGCUUUGAAAGUACUUUUGAAAAAGCGUUAAAGCACUUAAAAAUUUACAUUAAAAAACUCGAUGCGUCUCACUCAAUUUCAACCACUCUUCUCGAAACUCUUAACUUAAAAUUAAAUAUUUUAUAA